UCGUUUGUUUUCUAUCAACACGCUGUAGAUCAACACUCAUUUUUUAUCCAUUAUAAUUCCAAAUUAUUUUAAAAUCACUGUAACUGCAUAAUGUUAUAACAAAAUCUGCUAAUACCAUGGAUUCUGACGAAGAUGAUGAUGAUUUUGGUCUGGAGUGGGACAAGCUGGAAACCAUAACAAAAUUCGAUGGAGUCCACUCCCAGAAUGAGCGAUCAUCGGUUUCAAGUCCAGCGUCAACCGAGCUGGUCAGCAAUGGGCUACAAAGCCGUGUCGCUGCCAAGGCUAGUACACCCGUUUCGCUGUUGGUGGAAAGUCUUGUGCAACAGUUGUGUGGUCUACUAGAAACCGAUCCGACCCGCGCGAAGGAACUGUACAGCAAAAUUUGCGAACGGCUUCACGCUAUCAAUCUCAUCGAUGAAACAUACGCAAUGGGAGAAUUCGAAAUGAUGCGAAGCCAAUACCAGAAAGCACUGUAUCAGCUGGUCAGCAUUGCGCGAGGAGAAAACUUACCGUUGGCGGUACUGGAAAACAUUUGGCCACUGCAACAACCGGUCGGUUUGGAAUGGUCACGCUACCAUCGGGAAUUCACCGAACUGGAGUUCAUAGCGGGUGGAGGUUUCGGAAAGGUGUACCGAGCGAAAAACAAUCUGGAUGGGAUUGUGUAUGCGGUGAAAAAAAUUACCAUCCAGGCAACCACUAUCAAAAACGUUUUGGUGCAUCUGGCCGAAGUGAAGACACUUGCCAGUUUAAACCAUGUCAAUAUUGUUCCCUAUAAAGCGGCAUGGUUGGAACCGUUGUUAGCCACGGGAAGUGAGGCAAGUGAUGGGGGUUUGGAUAAAGAACCUGGCUGGGAACUGACAUCAUUGGAUGAGGACGAGGAAGAUGACGAAACGUCUGACGAUGUCUCAUUCAGUUUGUCGCGAGGAUUUGAGGUAAAAUCCAGACGGAGGAAGUCUACUUUGGACGAUUCACUCAAGCGUCAGGACGACACUGAUGAUUUUAGCAUUCAAUUUGAACAUAGUCAAGACGCAAUGGAAGAAAACAAUCAACAACUAGCGGAACUGGAAGAAGCUCGCGGAAGCGUUUUUAGCAUAGAGGAAUCACAACCUCACGUGAAGCUUAAGUGGGCAACACUCUACAUACAGAUGACCCUGUGCCACAUCACCCUCCGAGAGUGGCUGGAUGACCGUAAUCGUCUCGCUUGUUUUGACGAAUUUUACGCUCAAUUCCUUCGUAGCCCACGAAGAGCAUUCCCAGCAAGUGCUAUCCCGAAGAACUCGUUCUGUCGCCAAACAUCAUCGUCUGUGAGUUCGAAUAGUUGCGGUGAACAAACUACCGAAGGGACUUCUACCAAUAUAUCUAGUCCUAAACAGGAUGAAAAAGAUCUGAACAACUCGCUUCAGCAUUUGGACGUUGUAGCAGAUGUGCUCAAUCAGUUGCUUAACGGUUUAACCUACAUUCACUCAAGAGGAAUCGUCCACCACGAUAUCAAACCGAGCAACAUUUUCGUCAGCGUUAAUGAUUACGAUAAAUCUAUUUCUAUUCAGUUGGGGGACUUUGGACUUGCAUGUCCGCUGCAAAGUUCUCACACGGGAGCCGGCUUUGGUACGCCCUUGUAUGCCGCUCCGGAACAAUUAGAAGGUAAAUGCGAUCCAAAGUCGGAUAUUUACAGUUUGGGCAUUAUUCUACUUGAACUGCUCAUGGCAUUUAAUACGGAUAUGGAACGGGCGGAAAUGAUAAAGCAGGUGAGAAAGGGUAAAUUCCCGACGGACCUGGAUGCAGAGUAUAGUGCUUUGCUGUCGAAGCUUCUUAGUACUCGACCGGCUAAAAGACCCGACACAUUCGCCCUAACCGAAGCCGUUAACUGUAUGAAAUUGAACCGUGAUAAAGUGAUUUCUGAACUACGAAGAAGCCUCACGCUGCAGGAGGAGGAAAUUCAUACGCUCCGACGACGAAUCGAUUUGCGGGAGGAUUCGCUGGAGGAAAUUAGUCAGUUGGAGCUGCGGACCAGUGAAAGGUUGAUUGUGAAGGAACAGGAACUUAUCUACAAGACGAUGGAGAUUGAAAGUAAAACUCAGUUGCUGCGGCACAAAGAGCUCGAGCUACGUUCGAAAGAUGCGGAGAUAGAUCGGUUGAGGCAGUUGCUGAAGACAUACCAAGAGAAGGGCGGACAAGUAGAGAAGGACGAGUGAGCAUCAUUUCCUGCCUAAGUAAACUUUUUGUUUUUUUGUUUACUAAUUCAACAUUAAGUUAGCAGACUCCUAACAAUGUGUGUGUUUAUAGAAUAGUUUUAGCCAAACACCAAUAAAUAUAGAAAUAACU